AUGAAGGGCACAGUGCUAGGGCUGCUUUUUCUCUCUUUCUUCAUGGCUGUAUAUGAAGUAAAAUCAGAAGGAAGCCCUAUUAAACUCUGUGGGAGAGAGUUUGUUAGAGCUGUCAUUUUUACAUGUGGAGGAUCUCGCUGGAGAAGAGAACUGACUGAUCUCAUGGAAAAUCUCAUAGAUCAAGGAAGUCACCCACGUUUCCUACUUGAUAUUAAUGACUCAACAGGUGCCAAAGAAAAUUAUAUCAGGAACACAGACAUCCAAAGCCAAGGAUUCAUCCAGUCCAUGUCUGAGACUGAAAAAGAUCUGCAGCGAAAAUCAGUACACAUGAGGCAGGAGGAUAUCGUGAGGAUCUCAGUGUCUUGCUGUGCUGUUGGCUGUAGUGAAAGCACUAUACAUUCACUGUGCUAAAAAUGUAUCAGAUCCUGGUAUAUUAAUGAAUUAGGACGUAAGAUGUUUUAGGUCUAAUGAUAUGUAAUGUUGAUACCUUUUCUAUCAUGCUUGAUAUUUUCUAGCUGUAUACCUCUUCCUAAAUGCAAUAUAUUCUAUUUUAGAUGUACAAAUUGACAAAUGUUUUAUAACAUUUGCAUUUCAAACAUGUAAAGAUAUCUGCACACUUUUAGUUCCUACUUAUGAAAUAAAUACACAGUUCACUA